AUGAUGUCCUCCACCAACGAGGAGGACCCGUUCCUCCAGGUCCAACAAGAUGUCCUCACACAGCUGUCCUCGGCGCGUCCGCUCUUCGCCUCGUACCUGCGCAUCCGCUCGCUCGCCAGCGCCGCGUCCUCGCCCGAGCUGGCCUCUGCGCGCGCCGACCUCGAGGCGUCGCUGGCCUCCCUGGCCGAGGACCUCUCCGACCUCGUCGCCUCGGUCCAGGCCGUCGAGUCCGACCCCUCCGCGUACGGGCUCUCCGCCGACGAAGUCAGCCGCCGCAAGCGCCUGGUGCAGGAGGUCGGCGGCGAGAUCGAGGACAUGCGGGAGGAGCUGCAGAGCAAGAUCACCACCGCCGCCGCCGACGGGGGGAACCUGCCGGACCCGAGCGCGUUCGCGAUGGAGGACGGCGAGGACAACUACGCCGAGUUUGAGCAGCAGCAGCAGAUGGAGAUGAUGCGCGACCAGGACCAGCACCUCGACGGCGUGUUCCAGACGGUCGGCAACCUGCGGCGGCAGGCCGACGACAUGGGCAGGGAGCUCGAGGAGCAGCGCGAGAUGCUCAACGUGGUGGACACGGUGGCGGACCGCGUCGGCGGCAGGCUGCAGACCGGCAUGAGCAAGCUGCAGACGGUGAUUCGACGCAGCGAGGACCGCUACAGCAGCUGCUGCAUCGCGGUGCUGAUUUUUGUGCUGAUUAUGCUGCUGGUGCUGCUGCUGAUUCUAUAA